UCCUAUUUAAUUGAUUUAUCGAACUCCUCCAACGCUGGAAAAAAAGAAGCAGCAAAAACAACAAUGGCAGACGAAGAAGAGAGAGUUCUAGAGAACCAGCUGGAGCUUCAAUUGAAAGAGCAAAGAGAAUCCCUCUCUGCCUUAGGCGAUGCUCUCGCUUCUGAUCCUUUCAAUCCCCAGAUCCUCGCGGUUCACGAGGAGCUUGUUGAGGUAAUCAAAGAGACAGAGGAGGGGCUUCUUAAUCUUAAGCGCGCGCGUUUACUUCGAGAAGCUGAUUCAGCGUUAAAUGUUUCGAAUCAAGCAGCGGUUGAGGAGGUUAAAGCGGAGGCUCUUGACCCAGAUGAUGUAGAAGUUGAACCAUUGAAGGAAGAUCGGAGUUACCAGGUCGGGUCGAAAUGUCGAUUCCGUUACAGUGACGGCCGGUGGUAUGAUGGUCAGGUUGUCACAUUGAACGGUUCUGGUUCUGCGAAGAUAUCUUUCCUCACUCCUACUUCAGAAAAUAUGUUGAUAUGCAAGUUCUUUCUGCAACAAAGAUGUCGAUUUGGUGCUAAUUGCCGCUUAUCGCACGGAGUGGAUGUCCCAUUAUCUUCGCUGAAGAAGUAUGCUCCAACCAUGUGGGAGCCAUCGAUGGUUGGGUCCAGUAUUUGGGCAGUCCCUGAUGGUAAAGUUGGCAUCUGGAGGGAAGCUGAGCUUGAAUCAUGGAAUGAUGAACUCAGAACGGGGAAGGUUGUUUUCCGGGAUGAUGGAAGCUCUGCAGAGCUUGGGGUAGAAGCUUUGACAUUAUCUGAAUAUGCACAAAUAAGUGAUGAUGAAGAAAGUGAACUAAGCUCUGAAGAAUCUGAUUCUAGUGACUACGAAGAGGAGAGCCCAAAGGGUUUAGGUUUUCUUGAAAGCACUGCUCUACAGAAAGGUAUCCAGACAGAAACUACCAUCUUUGCUAAGUGGGAAAAUCAUACCAGGGGUGUAGCUUCUAAGAUGAUGGCCAAUAUGGGUUACCGUGAAGGGAUGGGUUUAGGUGCAUCUGGCCAGGGAAUGUUAAAUCCAAUCUCAGUUAAAGUCCUUCCUCCUAAGCUAUCACUUGAUCAUGCUCUGGAGUCUCAUGAGAAUGAUGAGGAUAAAGAGAAAAAAGGGAAGAAACGAAGCAGAGGUGGCAAGAGAAAGCGUGAGAAGAAAUUUGCUGAAGCCUCUCGGGCUGCUAAAGAAGAAGAGGAAUCAAGACCAGAUGUUUUUAGCCUCAUCAAUAACCAACUUGCAAUGCAUAGUGAGGCUGUAAAUGGUGGAUCAACAAAGAAACAACAAAAGAAGGGCUCAGGAGAGGAGAAGAAAGUUGAUAGAAAGGCAUUGGUUGCUUAUGAUGAUGAAGUGAAGGAACUAAAGUUACGAGUUGUAAAGCUCGAGGAAAUGGUAAGCAGAAACAGAAAUGAAAAAGCUGUUUACGAGGCUGCCAUGAGGAAAUUAAUCGAGACUCGCAAGGCUUUGGCGGAGGCUGAAGCAGUUCAUGCCUCAGCAUCAAAUGCAGUCGUUAGCAAAGAAAAAGAGAAAAAGUGGCUAAAGUUUUGAUAUUAUGGAAUAUUUAUGUCGGACUAGUUACAAAUUAUGCAUUGUUUGGUAAUAGAUUUUACCCCAUAAAAAAGGGAAAGAAAUGAACUUAAAUUAGAUUUGGCUUC